AUGAAGAGACAAACGAAUAAAAUUUGUGAGAUUUGCAGCGAUAAAGGAAUUGGCAGACACUUCGGUAUAAUUACUUGUGAAUCGUGUAAAGCAUUCUUUAGGAGGAAUGCUAACAAAGAACAGUUAUUUGAGUGCCCUUCGGACGGAAAGUGCAAAAUAAAUAUAAACACUAGAAAGUUGUGUCCAAAAUGUAGACUUCAUAAAUGUUUUGCAGUGGGUAUGAAAAAAGAACUCAUACUAAGCGAUGAGGAAAGGGAGCAAAGGAGGCGAGUGUUGGAAGAGAAUCGACGCAAACGACAAUUAAAUGAAAGCCAAACCUCAUCUUCAGAAGUGAAUAAAUCCUCAAAUCCGGCAUCAAUUGUGUCGACCAUAUCUGAUGACUCCUUCUUGGGUGACAUCACUGAUAGUGUUUUAGACGUCACGGAUGAGGACCUGAGCGCACAGAUUAUGGAAAUUGAAAAUUAUGUGAAUAGUGAGGACACGGAUCAAAGUAUUGAGACAUUGAGUGAAAGACUUAUGUUGAAAGAGAUCAGACAGAAGGCACAGAAAAUGACUGUCAUUCCUAUGUUCAAAGAACUCACGGAUUACAACGGUUUGAAUGACUUAGAAGUCAAUAAGAUUGGGGAGCUAUUGGCCAUAUCCAAAAUAUUUGACUACCCUGCUACUAAAAAUACAUUAAUAAUCGAGAACAAAUUAGACUAUGUUCAUUUUUACUCUAAGAGAACUGAGGAAUGUGUUAAGGAAGCGCUAAACUAUUGCAAAGGGUUGAGUGGAUUCACAAAUACAUGCCCUGAUGAUCAGUAUACCUUGUUCAAACACGGGUCUGUCGAAAUGAUGCUACUUAGAUCUCUAAUGUUCUACAACAAUGAUGAAAAAUAUUUUAAACUCAACUUGUACCUGGACAAAUUUCUACCACAAUGGAAACGGGACCGGCUCAUUUUGGAAUUGAUUUCUGCGAUCGCACUGUUUAACCCAAACCGACCUAAUCUUAAACAUAGACAAAAUAUCAGACUGGAACAGCAAUUAUAUUUACUAUUGAAGUGUCGAUCCGAUUGUGAAUCUCAGGAAAGGAUGAAUGUCACCGACAGUGACAUCUCUGCGAACUUAAGACUUUGA